AUGAAUAGAAGAAAUAUAGGUCCAUUGAAUGUGCCAGCAGUUUAUGUUGCUUAUUUCUCGACAUUUGGCGCUAUGGCAUGGCAUUUAUUAUUAUUUAAUGAAUCUGUUGAUAAUUUACAUGGACCUAUUUUAUCACCAAUAGCAAUUACUGAUAAUACACCAGCCUAUCGACUUGCUGGUGAGAGUAUUCGAGCU